UGAUUAGAGCAAACGAAAUGAAACCCAUUUGCUUUGUACUCUGCGUGUUUUCGCUGUGCCUAAUUUAUUUGGCUAGUGCCGAAAUAGGUGAUAAUGUGGAGAUCCAGACGUUCAAGUCGAAGUAUUCAUCGUCCUGCAAGGCCUUAAACCCCAAGAAAAGCGGCGUUCAGAAGAUCCAAGUGGGCAAUGAUGUAAUCGAAGUGUACUGCGAUGUGACAAUCGCCGGAAAAGGUUGGUUGGUCGUCCAGCGAAGGGUCAGUGUCGAGGAGAACUUCUUCCGCAAUUGGACCUCCUAUCAGGCGGGUUUCGGAGACCUCAAGGGAAACUUCUUCCUCGGUCUGAGUAAUCUGAACAAGAUUACGGCCCUCGAACCUCAGGAACUGUAUAUUCAAAUGGUUGAUUUCGCCGGAGAGAAGCGAUAUGCCCACUACAGUCUGUUCAAUGUGGGCAACGUGUACAGUAACUACUCGCUCACGCAGCUUGGUGUCUACAGUGGAUCUGCCGGAGACAGCCUAAGAUAUCAUCUGUACCAGCCCUUCAGCACCUUUGACAAGGAUAACGAUAAUAGCACCCUCAAUUGCGCCGCCAGGUACAUGGGAGCCUGGUGGUACAAGGAUUGCCUUUCCAGGAUCCUUUGCAGCAAUCUCAAUGGUGCCUAUCUGGGUGGUAACUACACUGCACCCGAUCUCUUUGGCACUGGAAUCGUUUGGGGGGAUUGGAAGGGAUACUCGUAUAGCUACAAGACUGUUAACAUUAUGGUGCGACCAUUGUAAAACCCUAUAGUUCAAGGAAUAUUUUGUAAAAGACUUUAACAAUUCUUUAUAAAAAAUGAAAAUGUAUUAGUAGUUCUAAAUGAGAUCGUAA